UCUGCUCAUACCUCUAGACUUGGCCUUUACGGGUCACCAACCGCUGCUGAGAGCUACUAUCAUCACUGCAGGCAGUGCGCUCAACAGAGGCUGAGAAAGAGGAGAAUUUGGAUACUUCCUAGUCUAUUUCUUCAACAGAAGACCGACUACAUUACCAUGAAGUGGACAUGUCUGCUCAUCUUGGCUUCUCUCGUGGUCUGCAACUUGACCGUGUCUGGAGGACAGGGCAUCCCUGAUGAGGAUGAGACGGACCGAAGGAACAUAGACGACAUCAUACUACAAAGAGCAGAAGGUCUCCUGUUACGGUCCAUUCUCAAAAAGAUGCAGGAUGAAGACGGCAGAAACGAGGGAUCUUCCUCUCAAACAGAAUGGGUAACAAAACGACAGCAUCCCGGUAAGAGAUACAACGAGGAUUUGGAGAAGCGGCAGCAUCCGGGGAGGAGAGAAGAAGACGAGGAUGAACAGUACUUGGAUGUUCAAAAGAGACAACACCCGGGCAAACGCGAAGAUGAAGUGCACUCGUUCAUGGAGCUCCAGAAAAGGCAGCACCCGGGAAAGCGCUUCACGACGGGACAGAUUUCAGAAAACCCCGUAAUGCUCCUGAGUGAACUUUCAAAACGACAGCACCCGGGCAAACGCUACCUGGUGCUACACAGCAAACGCCAGCAUCCAGGUAAGCGCCAUCCCCAGGAUGAGGACGGCGAUGGGGACUGGGAUGCGGAUGCAGAUGGAGACGAAGACCUCGCCGAGUUGGAAAAGCGUCAGCACCCAGGAAAACGGAUUUGGGAUAACUCCAAUCCGGAUUUAGGCACAAACAGCCCAUGUGAUGUAUUGGACCCUACGAGCUGCAGCAAGACCAGUUUGCUGCUCGACUUUUUAGACAACAUUAACAAGAGUCAUGCCGAGGAGAAGAGACAACACCCGGGUUAAAGGUUUGCACCCGAGGAGGAUUUAGUGGAUGGAGAGUAGGUUAAGCAAAAAUAUGGUGUGCGCGUACUGCUUUAUUGUAAACAAAUAAAUGUGUAAAUUAAGUGACCAUAAUGAAUUAUUAAAAAUGAAAAAAUAAUUUACAUCAUUUAACCUUUUGUGCUACAGUUUUUCUUUGGCAGGAAGUUACUGUAUCAUCGCAAAACAUUUAUCUGCUGUUGUUUUUUCUUUGGAGAGCCUGUGCGUAAUUGUCCUCCAAACUGGCUAUAUCGCUGUAAAUAAGGUUUUCAUGAGAGUGCGUGCCCUAAGUUGAACUUUAUUAAUGAGUUAUUAUUAUAUUUAUUUAGUAUUCAUUCCGUUAAUUAGGCUACUGAAGAAUGAAAGCAUUAGUCUACUGACUUUUGGAUGUUGCCUCUGUGAGGCAACAUGCACUUGUCAGUACAGUACAUGCUUGAAAUAUGAUCAAAGUGGCUAACGUUUACAGCUUUGCAUAGGAAAUUCCUUCAUUUAUUGAUUUGUGAUUCAUUCUUUUCUACUUAUGUAAACUAUGAUGAAUAUCACAGCAAAUAAAAUGUCUCAUUGAUUAUUUUUCUACACAUUAUUGCAUGGAUUAAGUUUAUUUAACCUAUUGUUGUAAAUUAAAAGCUACCUUUGCCUUAAAGUCAACCACCAAUGUUUUUGUUGGACAAUAAAAUGCAUUGGUAAAAAUG